AUGGUCUCCAAGACCCUACUCUUCUUCUCAGUCCUCGCUUCGGCGCACGCCGCCGUCCUCCCUCGCCAAGACACGGGCACUGGCGCCAUCUGUCAGCCUGGGUGGGAAGACUGCUUCCUUGUGGGUUGCACAGACAUCCAGAACAGCGAGAUGCACUGCGGCGCCUGCGGCAACUGGUGCCCAAACGGGCCGUGCGUGAACGGCAAGUGCGAGCGUGACCCCGAAGCACCUCCGCUUGACGAGACGACCGCGGCACCCUCGCCGUCCGCCGGCUCCGCGAAGAGCCCCGCGCCGCCCGUGACUUCGGCGCCGGCACAGAAUGCUCCGCAAUCCGGGCCGUGCGGCCCCGGCGGCCAGCACGAGUACUGCACCGUGGGCGGCGUCUCGCAGUGCAUCGACUUGAAGAAGGACCCGAAGAACUGUGGCUACUGCGAGAACAAGUGCCCCGACGGCCAGCUGUGCUACAACGGCGCAUGCAGCGAGCAGUGCAAGCCCGGAUGGGAACACUGCUUCCUCAUCGGCUGCACGGACGUACAGACGAGCUCCCAGAACUGCGGCGCUUGCGGUAACUGGUGCUCGCCGUCGCAGGUCUGCCGCGGCGGCAAGUGCGUGGACGAUGCCGUCUCCAACAUCGGCAAGCCGUGCGACCUCGGCGCUCACUCUGGCGGCAUCGAGUGCCCCGGUGCAGGCGGUGCCUCGACCUGUGUCGAUCCCUCGUUCGACCCCAACAACUGCGGGGGCUGCGGCGCCCAGGACCCCAAGUACAAGUGUGCCGCCGGCUCGUCAUGCCAGGCCGGCAAGUGUGUCGCGCAGGAGCAGUCGCCCAGCGCCGCAGAGUCGGCUGCGCCAGCACCCACUACGCCCGCCCCCUCGCCCUCGCCUUCUCCCGCACCGACUGAGACUCCUCAGCCUCAGGAGCCAGAGGUUGGCCUCGGUAAGCCAUGCAACUAUGGCGCCAAGGGCUUCCUCUACUGCUCUGCCGCGCAGGGCCCUGGCUUCGAGUGCUUCAACACCCUCAACGAUAACCGGCACUGCGGCGCGUGCGGCAACGACUGCCGCCCCGGCGAGAACUGCGUCGAUGGCAAAUGUGCGCCGCCCGGCGGUUGCGGGGCCCAGACAUACUGCCCCGGCAGCGCCAAUGGGCCGUGCGUCAACCUCGACAACGACAACACCAACUGCGGCGCAUGCGGCCGCUUCUGCAAGCCCGGCCAGAACUGCUGGGGUGGCAAGUGCUCUUAG